AAAAAAAAAAAAAAAAAAAGGAUUAUAAAUCUCUUUCUUCCUUCAGUUUGAAACUCACAAUCCCUAAAUUCUCAAAAUGGAAAACCCCAUUGCAAAAUCAAUUUUAUUUCUUCUUUGUGUUCCAACACUUAUUCAAUUAGCAUAUGGUUUGGACAUUGUUCAACACUAUUGCAAAUUAGCUGCGAAAACAGACCCAUAUGUUGAUUACAAACUAUGUGUCCAAACCCUAAAAGCCAAUCCCAAUUCCGAAGAUGCAGAUUUCAAAGACUUGGUUAUGAUUUCAAUCAACCAAGCAAAGGCCAAUGCCACAGAAAUUAGGUCAGAGAUUUCAGAGCUAAUGAAAAGAACAAGUGAGAAAUGGGGGAAAUAUUCAUUGAAUUGUUUGAAGAGCUGUUUGGAGCUUUAUUCUGAGGCUGUUUCUGAUUUGAAAAAAGCUUUGAGAGGUUUGAAAAUGGAGGAUUAUGAGACAGCAAAAACAGCGGUGAGUGCAGCCAUGGAUGCACCAGUGAGUUGUGAAGAUGGGUAUAAGGAGAAAGGUGGGGAAGUUUCUCCUUUGUCAGAGACCAAUGAUGGGUUCUUUCAGUUGGUUGCAAUUUCUCUUGCUUUUAUCAACAUGUGUUAAGUGAUGGAUGAUGAUGCCCUAUAGUUUUUAAUGGUUUGGAGUUGGGGCUAUAAAGAGAAAUUUGAUGGGUUUAGAAAGGCCUUUUAGCAAUAAUAUGCAUUUUUUGGGGGGCUUUUGGUAUAUGGUUUGUGUUUUGGGAGUGUUAAUUAAUGUUUCUGUUGUAGAACAACGUACUACAUCGUUUCAAAUGUCAGACAUCGUUUAUGUUGAAAAGUUUUCAUAGUACUAUUGUAAUAUUGCCUCUAUUUGGUGUUUGCUAUAAAAGAACUAUGGUUGGUUAUAUUA